AGCGGCUCACCCCCACCCACACACAUUCAGAGAGGGACUUGAGAAGAGAGACGCCGCCCCCUCCCCCAUUCCUCUCUUCACCCAAAUCAGUGAGAAGAAACACGAGAACAUGGAGCCACCGGCAGACUCCUGCAUCGAUAUGAAAACCGAGACCAAUUCUCAAAGCUCAGGAAUUGCUGACCAGGAAAAAGAACUGGCAUUUGGUGCAUAUCAAGCUUACGCAUCUGGAAAUUUUGACACUUGUCAUCAGUAUCUACGACGUCUGCAAGAGCUCAACAAAGAUGACUACAAAAUUACUUUGAAUAAAGCUGUGAUGGAUUUUUACAAAAAUGGCCAGAUUUCAACAGAUAGUUUGAGACAAACACUCAACCAGCUCAAAAAUCAGGUCCACUCAUCACUGGAAGAAAUGGACGGGCUGGAUGAUGUUGAGAACAGUAUGCUUUAUUACAAUCAAGCAAUAAUUUUCUACCAUCUACGCCAGUAUACCGAAGCAAUAUCAAUUGGAGAAAAACUCUACCAGUUCAUUGAGCCUUUUGAAGAAAAGUUUGCCCAAGCUUUAUGUUAUUUGCUGGUUGACCUUUAUCUGCUGACCUACCAACCUGAAAAGGCAUUGUUGCUGCUCGCAGUUCUGGAAAAAAUGCUUUCACAAGGAAACACCAAAAAUGGCAAAUCCAAUGAGUACAAAGUAAGAGCUUAUAUCCAAAUGAAAUCUUUGAAAGCUUGCAAGCGGGAAAUUAAAUCCGUCAUGAAUACAGCUGGAAAUUCUGCUCCCUCUUUGUUUCUGAAGAGCAAUUUUGAAUAUUUAAGAGGGAACUAUCGGAAAGCAGUAAAAUUAUUAAACAGUGCAAACAUCACCGAACAUCCAGGGUUUCUGAACACAGGUGAAUGUAUAAGGUGUAUGUUCUGGAAUAAUCUUGGUUGCAUCCAUUUUGCUAUGGGAAAACACAACCUUGGAAUCUUCUACUUCAAAAAAGCUUUGCAGGAGAAUGAUGCUGCUUGUAUGCAACUAUCUGGAUCAAGCACAGACCAAGGAAAGAUGUUUUCAGGCAGACCGAUGUGUACUCUUCUUACAAACAAGCGGUAUGAACUGUUACACAACUGUGGAGUCCAGCUGUUACACAUUGGUAGGCCCCUAGCAGCCUUUGAAUGCCUGAUAGAGGCAGUUCAAGUGUACCAUUCCAAUCCACGGCUUUGGUUACGGCUGGCAGAAUGUUGUAUAGCUGCAAACAAAGGGACUUCAGAACAAGAAACCAGAGGGCUCCCAAGUAAGAAAGGUAUUGUACAGUCAGUCUUGGGGCAAGGUUACCAUCGUAAAAUAGUCUUAGCAUCGCAAUCGAUGCAGAACACCGUAUAUAAUGAUGGGCAGUCAUCAGCCAUUCCUGUUGCUAGCAUGGAGUUUGCAGCUAUCUGCUUAAGAAAUGCCUUGCUUUUGCUCCCAGAAGAUCAACAAGAAACCAAACAGGAUAAUGGAUUAAGAGAUUAUGGUCAGUCAGGCAGUGGUGAAACCGGUGAAAGCAGUGAGGCUUGCAGUGGUAAGGUUCAUGAAGGAGAUAAGUUUAUUCCAGGUCCACCAUCUUCUCCUCUAAAGAAGCCGGAACUGGAAAAUCUGCGGUGUUCCAUACUGGCUGGCAGUGCAUAUGUCGCUCUUGCUCUUGGUGAUAACCUUGUGGCCUUAAAUCAUGCAGAGAAGCUUCUACAACAACCCAAACUAUCUGGAUCUCUAAAGUUUCUCGGUCACUUGUACGCAGCAGAAUCUCUGAUCUCUUUGGACAGAAUCUCUGACGCUAUCACUCACUUGAACCCUGAGAAUAUUACUGAUGUGUUCCUUGGGAUUUCUUCAAAUGAACAGGAUCAAGGAUCUGACAAAGGAGAGAGUGAACAGAUGGAAAGCUCUGGAAAACAUAUAUUGCACUGCUACCCAAAUUCUGUUACUUGUGCUCGGGCGAUGAUGUUAUUUAACCUUGGCAGUGCAUAUUGUCUUCGGAGUGAAUAUGAGAAAGCACGCAAGUGUCUUCACCAGGCUGCUUCCAUGGUGAAUCCUAAAGAAAUUCCUCCAGAAGCAAUCUUGCUGGCUGUGUAUCUUGAACUGCAAAAUGGAAAUACGCAGUUGGCCUUGCAGAUAAUCAAAAGGAAUCAACUUUUGCCCUCGAUGAAAACGUUGUCUUCUGACGUACGAAAGAAACCAAUCUUUCAAUCCAUCCAGCCAUUUCAAGCUCCGUCCUUCAACACCGUCCAGCGCAAGUGAGAGCUGGAAGAAGAAUGUCAAAUUGCUUCUUUGGAAAUUGUUUCAACUGUAAAAGAAAGAAUUCUUUAUGCAUAAACAGUAACAGUUUGGACAAGCUCAUGAUAAUUUUGUUUCUUCAUGGAUUAAUCGGCAUUUCUUUGAAUCUAAAUUAGACCCCAUUGUAUACAGAAAGCAAUAUAUUGUGGGGAGGGAAAACUUGAUAUACAUUUUCCAGUUAGUGGUUUUGGAAAUUUUUGUAUUCUUUAUAAUUUUAGUAUAUAAUCUUAUUAGUUUUUCAGAUCAUUUUGCUGUUAUGUGCAGCCAUUAAACAAGUAUUCAAACGAAUAUUUUGUAGGUUACAGAAUACAAUUUUUUAUAUUGACCUCUAGCCUGCUCGAAUUUGUUUGAAGUAGAAAUCUAUAUGUAGCAGGCUAGGGAUCACAACCACAAAUUAGGUCAUAAAUCUGUAUCCAGUAACACCUGGGGCACUUCAGUUUGCAUUGUGUUGAUGCAAUGCCUGACUCAGGAAAGACAUUUUAAAAGGGAGGAGAAAAUCUCGAGGCUUCUAAGAAUAAAGUUUAAUUUUGAGUACCUCUUUUUUUACCAGUGAAAAUUUCACAGAGGUCGGCAAAAUGUUCAUUACAAACAGGCACAGAAAUUGGCAUCUGGAUUAAUAUAAGGAUUUGGCUGAAUCGAUGUGUUGGCAGUUAAUGAGCAGUAUAUCUGCAAAGAAGAUUAAAUGUUUGAGGCUCAUUAAAGGUAGAAAUUGACCUAUUUACACAAAUAAAAGAUGAAAACGUUUAAGCAUGGAAUCUAUAUUUCAUCCUGGACAAUAAAAUAGCCUAUCUCCAUGGCAAAUUGUGAUAUUUGAAACUAAAUCCUAAUUAUUGUAUAGAAAAUAAAAUACAAUAUUCUGAUAUUGAAAUUUUGUAAACAUUAAGGACAUGUUUCUGAAAUUGUGAAUAAAAUAUAGUGAAAUGUAUUUGCUAAUGCUUUUAAAUCUAUAUUUUUGCACUUA